AUGAUGAUUUUCUUCAUGGUUAUGCCAGCUUUAAUAGGUGGUUUUGGUAAUUUCUUAUUACCAUUACUAUUUCUGAUUAUUAGUACCAAGUUUAUUCUUAUUUAUAUUCUCAGCAACAAUAGAGAAUGGAGCAGGAACAGGUUGAACAUUAUAUCCUCCAUUAUCAGGUAUACAAUCUCACAGUGGGCCAAGUGUUGA